AUGGCCUAUAAAAUGGACGCGCAUGAUCUCGUUCCAAUCCAAAUGUUGUUUGCUCUCAUACCACUGUGCUUCCUCCUGAUCAAUGUAGAGGCUCAGGCUAUAUGCCCGACCUACACAGCAUUCAGUUCCUGGUACUCGAAGUUCAAUCUAGGCCUUAACCCUGACUUGAAAUGGGACCCAAGACUUUCUCGUGAGGCUUGUGACGAGGCAAGACGUCGAAGAACUUCCGAUGCACCCUAUAAAUUCAAGGCAGAUAAACGCUUUAUGGUAUUUGCAUCUCCCGAAAAGAUGGUUAAGGAGGUCCUGGAGGACGCUUCGCAAGAUGAAACAAAAACCAAAAAUGUACGCGAGCUUGCUGCACAUACCAAGUAUGGAUGCAACAGCGUCCAGUCAGGAAGACUAGUGAGGGUCGUCUGUCUCUACAAGACUCCCAAGGAAUGA